CUAACGCUGCAGACCGUCACAAGACUGCCCACUGCUUUCUGCUGCCCAGAAACAGUAUAAGAAACGCCCACCCAGGUUGUAAAAUUGUUCUUCAGACUCUCUUCUUCCAUUCCCAACCUUUACGCUUUUCACAGCUCUCGACCUUCUUAUACCUCUUACAGCUCUCACAGCCCUAGUUAACCUAUUAUUCUCACAUAAUGUCUAACUCCACGGAAGACCUUAGCUCCUUCUUCUUUUCCACUGUCACCGUAGCUCCGGAUAGCACGGCCGCUCCCUCCGACGUCUUCUUCGUCCCUGCUCAGGUUCAAAACACUGAGUUCAACAUCCAGCCCUGGUCCAUCUCCUCCACUAACGAAGCUCUUGCCACCGAGCCCCAGACCGAGUUCAACCUUGGCCUGAAUGCUCAGGUCGGUGAUGGCUUUGGUUUCAACACCUACUCUAUUAAUUUGCUUGGCAAUGAAAACGACGUCGACUCUGCUGGUCAGGUCGAGGCUCAGCCAUACAACCUUUCUACUCAGUCUACUUGCUCCAACUUUGGUCAGGAUACCAAUGCCAUUCCUGAUUCUAACGUGAACGCCUUCUCCGCUACUCCCCUCGUCAACCAGACCAACGUCAACACUGCUGGUCAGGUUGACAUCCAGCAACUGUUCCAAAUUGGCCAGUCUGUUGGAUUGCAAGGCGAAUAUCUCUGGAACUUUAUUUGCUCCUCUUUCCAGAAUGCACAAUCCGUUAUUCCUGUUGAACAGAUUGUUUCCGAGCAAGUUGACUGCCAACUACCGGCCAACGACGGUAAUAUCAACACCAAUGAGCCUCAGGAACUGGUCAGCCUGGAGAAGAUGGAUGAGUUUAUCGGGUGGGAUUUCAACAUAUCCCUGGCCGACAUUACUAUGCCCUCGGUCGUCCCCGCCACCCCAGCUCCUCAGACUCACUUGACCGUUCCCUCCAGCCCAGUCAUUUCCAAGACUCCCAAAACGCCCAGUAAGCCCAGGAAAAAGUCUAGCAGUCCUCAGGCCUGCAAGACUCCUUCCAAGACACCCUUCAAAACCCUUGCCAAGAAAGGUUCCAUUAAAGAUGCGUUUCUCCGUUCUACCGGACCCAAGGUCCGUCUGGCUAUUUCUUGCCACGGUUGCCGCGAGGCUAGGAAGCCUUGCGAUAGCGUUUACCAAUUCAAGUGCCAACGGUGUGUCAAACACCAUUUUUGUUGCAGUUGGCCGGAGACUGGGCGUGGCAUCAAACUCGGCAAGAAACAGAGGGACGAUUUCAUCCAAUUCAUCUUGACGCGAGGAGAAAAGCUUGGACAGCAGGACGAUACGACAAUGACUGUGGACCCCGUAAACGGUCGGCCAAACACCUCAUGCUCCAGAGUGAUGGACACAUCCGUCUUGGGAUACCAUCGGCAAGAGACAAAAAGUCGUACAGAUGAGAUCCAGGUUCUGUAGAGAGAUGAAGGAUACCAAUCUCCUGAACACUCUUAAGGACAUGCCUGGAAGUACGUCCACCAGACGUGUGACGGUAUCCGAGUUCGAAAGGCGCUUGACCCGCGAACUUGAGGGCGGCUUGAUCUUCUUGCCCGGCACAAAGACCUACCUUCAAUAAACCCAUUCUCAGACUUGUCUUUGCUUUUCUUUUCCCAUCCAACCCUGAGAGGGGAAACACCACGAGCUUGAAAGUACACCAUCUCUUCAUCUCCUACACAUCGAAGCUCAGCAGACUUGGGUUUCUCGGGUUUGUGGACUACUUUGCCCCUGUGCUCUUCAACAAAUUUACCACCAGUGGGGCACUCAAUGAUGACGGCUUCACGCCUGGGAGUGAUGUGAAAUUUAUCACCCUUCUUGUCCAUGACAUUUGAAAGAGUGAUGACGCUAGGUUUGCUAACAGUAAGGAAGAGGAUGUUUUCUGAUGGAGCGAGAUUGCGAGAGACGAGAGACAUAGAAUCGUGUGGUUUGACAGAAGGAAGAGUAGAGGGGUCAAUAUCCUUGGGGUGACCAACAACUCUUCCACCGGACUGAAGGACAAGUGCCGAAAGAGGGUCGAUCUCGGGCUCUAGCUCGAGCCCUCCAUCCUCAUCAUCGUCUCCAUCUGUAAUGCGUAAUCUCGGAGGACGAGUGGGCGACCGCUUCAUUGAACUCCCGUAUACUUUCUCAACAAUGGUAUGGCCGGUAUCGAGAGAUCGUAUUUUAUAUGAAACCUGUUCGAGAAUUGAAUUGUUGAAGAUGACAGGAAUGUAUAAAGGCUGAGGGACGUCCGGCGGUAUACAAUAUGUGAGAGAUAACGGAUUAAGAGUUGCGGUACUGAACACUAGUCAAUAUCUGAUCGAUUAUUUAAGAGAUAGCCUACCUGUAAGGAAGAAGACGGAUCU